CCUAGUGUACAGAAGUUGAAACAUUUCCCAGGAAGAGAUGCAAGAAACAUUCAGGGCCAGUAGCAGGAAGAGUACCAAUUAGCUGAGAUCAGCUACAGUGCCAAUGCACUCUGGACAACCUGGAUUCCUUUGGAAGACUCCUGAUGCCACAUAUGGCCAUGCAUGGCCUUGUUUUGUCUCUCCUGCUCAUCCUUCUGGCUGGUGGGGCUGAAUCCUUUCGUAUCUGUGCCUUCAAUGCCCAGAGACUGGCACAGCCCAAGGUGGCCAAGAAGUCAGUGAUGGAUACCUUAGUUCAGAUCCUGGCCCGAUGUGAUAUCACAGUUCUUCAGGAGGUGGUGGAUUCUUCCCAGAAAACUGUCUCCCUUCUGCUUCAAGAACUUAAUAGAUUUGUGGGUUCCAGGAGUUACAGCUUCCUAAACAGCUCCCUACUGGGGCGUAGCACAUACAAGGAGAAGUAUGUGUAUAUCUACCGGUCUGACAAGACACAGGUCCUGAGUUCUUACCAGUACAAUGACACAGAUGAUGUUUUCGCCAGAGAACCAUUUGUGGCCCAGUUUACUCUUCCUAGCAAAAUCCUUCCAAAUGUGGUUCUGGUUCCACUCCACACUACUCCCAAGGAUGUUGAGAAGGAGCUGAAUGCCCUAUAUGAUGUGUUUCUGGAUGUCUCCCAACGCUGGCAAAAUGAGGAUGUGAUCCUGCUUGGAGACUUCAAUGCUGACUGUGCAUCACUGACUAAAAAGCGUCUCAACAGCCUGCUACUGCGGACUAAAGCAGGCUUCCACUGGGUGAUUUCUGAUGGGGAGGACACUACAGUGAGAGCCAGCACCAACUGUACCUAUGACCGAAUUGUGAUGCAUGGGAAGGGAUGUCAGACACUGCUGAGGGCUGCAGCCCCCUUCAACUUCCCCAGGAGCUUUCAGCUGACUGAGGAUGAGGCUCUCAGAAUCAGUGACCAUUAUCCUGUGGAGGUGGAGCUGAGCCAGGCAGCUCAGGGCAUCCAACCCUUCAUGUUGGCUAUUCUGCUGCUGCUGUCACUUUUGCCAUCUCAGCUGGGCUAGGUGGCUUGACACUUCCUUUCAGAUGACCACUGACUUGACUAGGACACUGACUGAGCUAAAGCACGGCCUCAAAUACAGCUUUUCCUUCUGUUUUUAUGUAGGCUUUCUGCUGCUUGCUAUUUCAAGAGGAAAAAAGGGCUGGCAGUGUUUUUACCUAGUAUAUCCUAUGCCCUGGGGUUGAUUCCUUUUUGAAAUAGGACUCGUCACUAUAUGCAACUCUAACUCAGGUAGUCAGGUGCACAAAGGAGGUUCCAGGACUAGGAAUGGGCUAAGAACUCAGACUAUGCCUAAAAGAUUUAUGCAACUGACAUCAAGAGCCAGAUAGGAAGACUAAGUAUCCUAGAAACCUUAUAGAAGAUGAGCUCAUGAGCCGGGCCGUGGUGCUGCCUUUAAUCCCAGCACUCAGGAGGCAGGUGGAUCUCUGAGUUUGAGGCCAGCCUGGUCUACAAGAGCUAGUUCUAGGACAGGCUCCAAAGCCACAGAGAAACCGUCUCGAAAAACCGAAAAAGAGCUCACACUAAAAAGAAAACUCAGACGUGAACUCAUACAAAAAUCUCUGGUAGAGGGGGCUGGAGAGAUGGCUCAGCGGUUAAGAGCACUGACUGCUCUUCCAAAGGUCCUGAGUUCAAUUCUCAGCAACCACAUGGUGGCUCACAACCAUCUGUAAUGAGGUCUGGUGCCCUCUUCUGGCCUGCAGGCAUAUACACAAACUGAAUAUUGUAUACAUAAUAAAUAAAUAUCAAAAAAAAAUCUCUAGUAGAUAAAGAACUGUUCAUAGCACUAUUAACUCUAGGCUUGUUUCAAAAAUUUUUAGACAUAACUAAUCCUGUUUCUCAAAUGGCUAAACUACAUGGGCCAGCCUUGUCUCUGGGCCACAUAUCCAUUGUAUGGUUCACUUACUCUGUAUUCAUAUACUUAUUACAUGGCUGUCAGGGAUAUCAAGCAAAAUAUACAAAUAAAGUCACCAA